UUUGCUGUGUUAGGCGCCUAAUGAGUCAGUCGACUUUUGCACGUCGCGGGUGAAAAUUCAGCAAGUGAAUUUUCCUUCAGUACCGAAACAGUAAAUAGAAUUUUUGUUUACGCAGCGACGAGAAAAUAUUGAAUAGUUCUGUGCGCUUUUUCUGUUGAUAUCUUUGUUCUGGAAUUUGUGGAAUUUUUAUAUCUUUUGGCGCACAAAUUAAAACAAAGCGCGAACAGCAAAAAUCGGGCAACGAUACCAUAAACAUGCAAGAGUUAAUUACCAUUCCCAAGAUGCCAGAGAAACUGGCAGCAAGACUAACAACAGCCACACAAAAGAAACUCAGAAACAUAGUCGAUGAUAUUAAUAACAUAUCGAAAGCUGUUCUAUCUGAUAAUUGUGAUGAUGGGGCCGCAGUUGCUAACCGCGAAUGCCAAAUUCAGGUGAAAACGGAGAACCAAACACCCUACCCGGGCAUCUCACGAUUGACGCCUUCGCUGUAUCUUUGCGGUGCCGCAGCUGUUGUGCCCGCCCACCUGGACAAACUGGGCGUGAGCUGUGUGGUGAAUGUGGCUCCCGAGUUGCCGGACACACCUCUCUCCAGCGUCAGCAAUCCGCUGUAUUUGCGCAUCAAUGCCCAGGAUCGAGCUGGCGUCAAUUUGGCCGCAUACUUCGAUGAGGUGGCCGAUUUGAUUGAGGAAGUGCGUCUCAGUGGCGGCUGCUCCUUGGUCCAUUGUGUCGCCGGCGUCUCACGCUCGGCUUCGCUGUGCCUCGCCUAUCUCAUCAAAUACGGCGGCAUGAGUUUACGUGAAGCAUAUCUUCAUGUCCAAUCGAUACGUCCCCAAGUUCGACCAAAUUCUGGAUUCUUUCUCCAGUUGAGACAGUAUGAGCAGGAGAUGCGAGGCAGUUGCUCAGUGGAAAUGGUUUAUUUCGCAUCGCUGGACAAGGAAAUUCCGGAUAUUUUGGAACCGGAAUACAGAGCCAUGGAGGACUUUUAUCAAAGAUAUCGCAGCUCACUGAAGAAGCGUUAAAGUGUCCGGAGUCCAGCUUAAUUAUUAUUUGAUGUGAUAUGUGAACUUUUAGUAAUUAUUGUACAUAUAUAUAUUUGUUUUUAUUGUUAGUCAUUAUUUAAUUGUAGCACCUAAUAUGCUGAAUUCUACUACAUUUUAUAUGUAUGUAUAUGUUGUAUAAAUGCAUCGAAAAUAUAUAAUUCAUAGAA